UCCCGCAACAGCAAACUGUCAAUUUAGCAAUACCAAACAACUGCGGGCCCGAUUGCGUUUGGUAGAUGAAAAUUACCACAUUUUGCUGUGAAUCGCUCGUAUAGUUUAGCAUUUCUAGGUAUAUCCAACGCGGGAAGUCCAUUAAUCCACGAUGGACAACAAUUUGGAGCAACAAACCAACGGAACGAUGGUACCACCACCGAUGACACCGUCGGAAAUGCUCCUGGACGAUGAUGGUAUGCCGGUAGAAAUAGUUGACGGUGGUGGAUGGCCGGUACAAAUGGUUCCGAUGAUGCAGGAUGAUGAACGCCACCCAGAGGACAAUGCAGAACAGCAACAAACGGAACUGCCCGAGAUGGAUGAGGUGCGAGAGGGGGUAGAGGAGGACGUGGAGCAGGAAGAUGAGUUUCAACAGAUGCCCGUAUUGUCACCGCCACCAGCACUGAUGUCGCUGAAGGUAGACAAUCCCGAUGAAGAUGCGAAAAAACCUUCCGAACUGGUACUGCCAAAAGCGCUGGAAGAUGUACUAGCGCUAAAGACCAUUCGUGCGCAAGAGCUGGAUGUGGAGGAAACGCUUGCUGCCGUGGGUGCCGUUUUGCCCGGUUCGUACCUCGAGCCGGAAGGUGCAUUAGAGUCGGAUGAUGAAAAUGUCAACGAACAGAGUGCGGCCGACGUGGAAGGAGACGAUUCGUCCAUGCACGGUACAUUUUCCGACCCGGGACAAACGCGUGUGGAAGGAAAGCAGGACAAAAAUAGGCGCAAGAAAAAGCGAAAGAAGGAAAACCGUAAGGCACGGCGUGAGCAGAUGCAGAAAGCGCACGAACAGCGGUUACAGCAGCAGCAGCAGCAGCAGCAACAGAAACAACCUGAAAAAUCCUUAACUAAAUUCCAAGAUUCAAAGCAUAAAACAUUACGAACGAAAGAUCCAGAGCAGGAAGCUAGCGAGGAAGUGGAACUAGCUGAGGAGGAUCGGCAGGACAAGGAAGGUGAUCCCGUUCGCUCAAUCGAUGAUAGUGACGACGGUAAGGACACAGAGGAGGAACCGGUGAAAAAGGUGAACGGCGACCAGGCGAAAAAUGGUGAGACAGAGGAGACGGCCGAAGCGGAAGAUGGGCAUCAUACAAACGGGCAAAAGGAAGAGGACGAUGAAGAGUCAACGGUACAAGCGGACAGUGAAGAAAACGACAAAGAGGUACCACCAUCCUCAAAAGCAACGCCUCCCGCGGAGGAGACGAGGUCAACCGCCGCCGACGAGGACAUCCUGAAGGACGUAGAGAUCGAGUACGUACCGGAAAAGGUGACCAUUGCCGACCUUGGACCGAUGUACCGGCAAUUUUACCGCGUGUUUGAAAUCUUCAAGCUCGACACCAAGUCGAAGGAAAUGGUCAAGAGUGCCGAAGAGACGGAAAAAGAGAAGGCGGCGGCCGAAACGAAGAAGGUGGACGACGGGAUGGAUUACGAUUACGACGAUAUGGGCGAUCAGGACGAGAAGGACGACAAGGAGAAGAUUUCCAAGCGCAAGCUCAAGAAACUGAACCGGCUGAGUGUGGCCGAACUGAAGCAGCUCGUCACCCGCCCAGAUGUGGUCGAAAUGCACGACGUGACGGCACGCGAUCCGAAGCUGUUGGUGCAGCUGAAGAGUCACCGCAACACGGUGCAGGUACCACGGCACUGGUGCUUUAAGCGCAAGUAUCUGCAGGGCAAGCGAGGUAUCGAGAAGCCACCGUUCGAUCUGCCGGCGUUCAUCAAGAAGACGGGAAUCAUGGAGAUGCGUGCGUCGCUGCAGGAAAAGGACGAAGCGAAGACGCUGAAGGCGAAGAUGCGCGAACGAGCAAGGCCAAAGAUGGGCAAGAUCGAUAUCGAUUAUCAGAAGCUGCACGAUGCGUUCUUCAAGUGGCAAACGAAGCCGCGCAUGACGAUCCACGGUGAUUUGUACUACGAGGGGAAAGAGUUCGAGACACGGCUGAAGGAGAAGAAGCCGGGUGAUUUGUCCGAGGAGUUGCGUAUCGCGCUGGGAAUGCCGAUCGGGCCGGCUUGUCAUAAGAUUCCUCCACCGUGGCUCAUUGCCCAGCAGCGGUAUGGGCCACCGCCGAGCUAUCCUAACCUGAAGAUACCCGGGCUGAAUGCACCCAUUCCGGAGGGAUGCUCGUUCGGGUAUCAUGCCGGCGGUUGGGGUAAACCACCGGUGGACGAAAGCGGCAAACCACUGUACGGUGAUGUGUUCGGGGUGGCCGGAAUGGACGGUGAAGGUGGUAUGGGCGAGGAAGAGAUCGAUCGGACGGUGUGGGGCGAGCUGGAAUCGGAAUCGGAAGAAUCGUCCGAGGAGGAGGAAGACGAGGGCGAAGAUAUGACCGCACAGCCGGACGAAAGUGGGCUGAUCACACCGGCCGAAGGACUCGUAACGCCGUCCGGUCUGACCAGCGGUGUGCCGGCCGGUAUGGAAACGCCCGACACGAUCGAACUGCGCAAGAAGAAGAUCGAGAGCGAGAUGGAAGAUAACGAGACGCCGGUACUGUAUCACGUGUUGCCGGAGAAGCGAAACGAGCGUAUCGGGGCGGCCAUGAUGGCCUCGACACACGUGUACGACAUCUCUGCUGCGGGUGGUGGUGGUGGUGGUGGCGGUGUGCCCGGUGGUGGACCAGCGGCAGCAGCUGGAGGUGGUGGUGGUCGUGGUGCCGGCCGUGGUGGUCCAGUCGACCGUGAGGGUAUGGUCGAACUGGCACUCGAUCCGUCCGAGCUGGAUCUGGACAAUGAAGCGAUGGCGCAAAGGUACGAGCAGCAGAUGCGCGAACAGCAGAGCCAUCUGCAGAAGGAGGAUCUUUCCGACAUGCUGGCAGAGCACGUGGCCCGGCAAAAGUCGAAACGGAAACGGCAGCAAACCGACACGACCAGCAAACAGUCGAAGAAGUACAAGGAGUUCAAGUUCUAGGCCCCCCUUCACAAAACUCGAUUCUUCAAAUUGCCCUGCGUCACUUUUUAUACUCUUCUGCGUAACACGAACACUACUCCCUCCCUGUCAGUCUCCUUUGUGUUUCCGUCGUCGUCUGUUGGCCCUAGCUGUACUGUCUUGGCCUUCCUUUUGCGAUCGCCACCCUUUAUCCGUGGUGGGUAUAUAGUUUCAUUGUAACCCGGUCAGGGAUUAAUUAUGAUUAGAGUGAAGAAGAGCCAGGAUGAAGUUUAACAUUAGAAAUAAAUUGCUACAUUUCCUUCGUGUGUGCGUGUGUCCCCUGUUUCGGACGGAGGACAACCGACGUGAAA